UGCAAGCUAAAAGCUCAAGUGGAGCGAUCUAUGGGCAUCUUGCAGAGUUUACCAACACGACAAUGGCCGAAUUGUCCGUAUGAAAUAUUUUUUAUUGGCUCGUACAUCUAAACCUGCCAUGUCUUUGGUUUUAAAAAUGGCGUAUACAAGCUUUUUGUUUGCCGGUUUACGCUGCUAAAUGAAUCGUUUUCAAGAUCCUGUGCGUAGUCCAGCGAAACGUAAACGUCGUGAAUAUGAGAAUAAAGUGCAUGUGUUGGUACAAUAAUUUGCACCAUGGAUUCGUGACCAAAUUUUCUUAGCGUUAUGGUGAAUUAGAAUGGUGCCUGUGGUUUGUCAAGCUCGCACGUCGACAGGUUACCCGUUUGAAACGUAAAUAUCAUCCAGCGAGCGUUUUGUAUUUCAGAUAUGACAGUGUCGCAAAACAGUAGAUAAUGGAGAGUUCAGAAGACGAUGCGGGCGCCGCGGCGAACGCUUCCCGCCGCGUAUCGGCGCGGGAAAAGAACGUCGGGCGUAUUGAGGACGUCAAUGCAACUGGUAGUUUUCAACAAGAUCCAUUCGAACCAAGAACGUCUUGCCAAACCCCCGCGAUGUCCGAAGACAACUUCGACGGCGACAGCGUUUCGUCGCCGUCGACUCAAGAUGUCAACACGAGCACGGAAGCGAUCUUGGAUAUGAUAGACGAGAUUGUAGACGGGCCCGGAGCGCCCAAGCGGUUGCCCCUCGCGGUGGAGAACGAUACCGACAGCAGGUUCGCUGGUGGCGGAGAUUGCUAUAUCAAAACACGUAAUGUUCAAAGCGAUGUCACUCCUGCACCAUCUCCAAAUUUAGUCUCUGUCACAAGUGCCAAUAGUGAAGAAAAUCAAAGUGUUGGCUCAAGUUCUCUCGGUCUACAGUCCUUCCAAAUCGAUGUGGUAGAUUUACAAACAUCUCAAAGUGAACUUUCGACAGAUUCAAAGAGACUUGAAAAUGACUCUGGUGAAUCAAAUAAACCUCAAAGUGAAGUUUUUGUGGACUCGCAAACUCAAAGUGAUAUAUGUUCACCAGAACAUUUUUCACAAAGUGAAGUAUGUGCGAAAGUGCAGGAACCAAUAAGUGAAGUAUGUGCUACGGUACAGACAUCUGAAAGUGAAGUGUGUGCAGAAAGACUGUUAUCCCAAAGUGAGUUAUGUAUUACAACAAAGCCUACCUACUGCGAAAUAACUGCUGAAGUGCUAACUUCAGAAAGAGAAGUAUGCCCAAUAACUCAGCCAGCAUGUACAGUAGCAAUUGAGGAAGUGCAACACACCAAAACUUCUUUCAGUUCAGAAGGUUGUGAAGAUGAGCAGACAUCCCACUAUGAAAGCUCAAAUGUGCAGAUGUUUAAAGGGGAAGUUAAUAAAAUGGAGCAAAUUUCUCAAAGUGAGCCUUGUGUGAUGCCACACAAUGACUUAGUGCAGGCAGAUAAAAUUGUACUCACAAAAGCACAAUCAAUACACAGUGAAGGAAAUGCUGAAGUGCAGUCAAAUGAAAGCAAAGUAAGUUCUGAAGUGUGGACUUCACAAAGUGAUUUAUGUACAACAUUACAGUCAUCAGAAAGUGAAUUAUGCAUAGCAGCACCCACAUUUCACAGUGAAGAAAGUGAGAAAGUGCAUGCAUCUAAAAGUGAAGCUUGUACAUUUAUAGAGAGUUCCCAAAGUGAUGUUAGCAAGACAGGUCAGACAUCAGAAAGUGAAGUUAUUGAGAAAGCACAGACAUGCAGUGUGGAAAGUCCAGAAGACCAGACCUCUCAUAGUGAAGCAUAUAAGGAAGUGCAUACUUCUGAAAAUGAAAUUUUUGUAAAUUUAUGUGAAACUGAAUGUUUGCAAGUGUCAGAAAGUAAAGUCAGUGCUUCAGCAAAUAUAUCACACAGUCAGUCUAAAGGGCAUUCAGCCCACAGUACAGCAAGUCAGGAAGUUAUUAUAUCAAAUAGUAAAACAGUAGAGCAGACAUCACAAAAUGUGGUAUAUACAACAGGACAGACAUCAGAUCAUAAUGUAUGUUCAACAGCACUGACAUCACACUGUGAGGGAAGUCCAGAAGUAGAGACUUCACAUAGUGAAAUAAGUGUGGAUGUUCGAACACCUAUGCAUGAAACUGGUGUUGCAGAGCAGAUAUCUAAAAAUGAUGUGUGCGAUACAGUGCAAACAUCAGAACAUAAUGUUUCCCCAAGAAUACAAGCAUCGCUUCAUGAGGAAAAUCCAGAAGUGCAGACCUCACACAGAGUAGGAAGUGAGGAAGUUCAUACAUCUAAAAAUGAAACUUAUGCACAGAUAUCUCAAAAUGUUGUUUGUACAAAAGCUCACACAUCAGAACAUUAUAAUGUUUGUUUGACAGCACAUACAAUUCACAAAGCGGAAAAUCCAGAGGUGCAGACCUUGCACAGUGAAGAAAACGCAAAAGAGCAAAGUUCAAAAAGUCUAUUGAGUGAAACACAUCCAUCUCAAAAAGAAGCGUGUGUAGCUGAAAAAACAUUUCAAUGUGAUGUUGUACAGACAUCAGAUAAUGAUUUAUGUACAACGGCACAGACUUCACGUAGUGAAGAAGUACAGGCUUCACACAGUGAGGAAAGUGUAGAAGAGCUGAUAUCAAUAAGUGAAUCUAGUGGAGAAGUGCAUCCAACUAGUAGUAAAGUUUGCAUACCAGAGCAAAAUGAUGAAUGUACAACAUUAAAGACAUCACAAACCGAAGUAAGUAAAGGAUUGUCAACAUCUAAGAGUAAAACUUGUACUGAAGUGCAGACAUCUAAAAGUAAUUCUUUUCCUGAGGUACAGUCAUCUCAAAGUGAAGCUUUGGUGGAAAUAAAAGUGGAAAGUCUUGUGUUGUCACAACAAAAUGUACCUAUACUUAGUAAAAAUGACUCUACAGUAUCAAUGGAUACUGAAAAAAGUACAGUAUCAUGUUCUGAGGAUCCUAAUGAGAGUGUACUAGCAAAUAUUCCUUCCAGCAGUAUUGUACAAACUGUACAAACUGUGCAAAGUGUGUUAAAGGCUGAAAGUGCAACUUGUGAGCGGACAUUCAAAAGUGUUACUUCUAGUGAUUCGCGGGACAAAGUUACAGUAGAAAGUGCAGAAUCAACAUCAAGUGACAAUAGUAUUAGUAAACAGAGUAGAGUACCUACUAUGGAGAAUGUGACAAGAUCACCAUUAAGACGCCCUCUAGUACGACCACCACCUAAUCGCCCAGACUCUACUGUCUCCUCAACAGUAGAUUCAAGCAAUAAUGUUUGCAAAUCCGAUCAGGUCAGUGAAUGUAUUGUCAAAGAGGUGUCUAGUUCUUCAGAUGCUGUGCCCGCCAUACAUGGUAAUGCCAAGCCAGAGAAUAAAAAUGUUACUGAGGUUAAUAUUUGCAAAGCGGAAACAUCGGGCAGUCCAACUAGGAGAAUCAAACUUAUAAGGCAAAAAAUUGUUCCCCAGAUAAGCCAUAUACAACAAGAAAUAAAGGUUGAUGCAAAUAUUAAACCAACAGAAAGUGAACAGUGUCAAUCAACAUCUCCUGAUAUUCAGACAAAUUCUACUGAAUCAUGUGAACAGGUAACGGUUGAUACAAUAGAAAAAAUAUCAAAUGUCCCACAAAGUGAUAAAACAUUGCCUAUCCAAGGUAGUUCAACAUUACCUGUUCAAAUUGUUUCAGUACCUGAAUUAUUAUGUAACCAUCUGUCAGACCCAGCAAGAGAUAAAAUAGCACAAACCCUACAAGAGACGUCUGCCAGUAGAUCUGAAGCAAUUGAAGUCUGUGCAAGUAUAGUCGAUUCCCAAGAGGUGGAAGAUACUCAAAAAAAAUUGCCUCCUCUUAAAAUUAGUCUUUCUGCAACAAAUAAAAUGGAAUCAGUGGAUACAACUACAAUUAAUACAGAAAGAGAAAACAGUGAUAGUAGUUGUAGUAAUGUUAUUGUAGAGGAGUCUGAAUCAAUAAAACAAGUCCCUAAAUUAACUAUCAAAUUGAGUAGUAAACACACUGAAGAAAUAAAACCUCCUAUACCAAAAGUAACAAUAAAACCUAUUAAGCCUCCACCAGUAAAGGAGCUUUGUUCUGGGGAAAAUGCUAAAGAGCAAAUACCUAAUGUCACCAAAUUAAAUAUAAAGCCUAUUACCAAACAACCAGAGAAAAUAAAUGAGAUACAUAGAAAAUCUAGUAGUAGUGAAAUUUCUGAAUCGGAAUACUCUGAAAAUGAUGAAAGUACUAGUACAUCAGAUCAAGCCUCUACCUCUGACCAGGGUUCAUCCGAUAUUGUCCCUAAGGUAACUAUAAAACUAGGUAAACCAGGAACAGAAUCUGAGGGGCAAUUUUAUACUGAGAAAAAUAUACCUAAGCUAACAAUAAAAGCUAUUCAAAAUAGUGAACAUGAAGAACAACUGUCUCCAUCAAAAUUAAAAGUUUUUAUUAGUCCAUCACAAGACAUACAGGCAGAUAAAGUACCUAAAUUGACAAUUAAAACAGUAACAAAAUGUGAAAGUCAACCUCUUAGCCCAAAGCUAAACAUAAAACCCAUAAAACCACCAGAUCACAUAGUAGAGGACAGUGUAGUUGAACAUGUUCAUUUACAAGAGAUACCAAAAUUAAAAAUUUCAACCGAAACAUUAAGUUCGAACCCUACAAUAAGAAAUUUGGUGCACUCAGCUCCAAAAAUUAUAGAUACUGUGAGCAGUAAAUCUCCCAAAAUGGUUAGUAAGUCUGAACCUGAAACUACAAGUAAAAGUAAAAAAGCAGCGCCCUAUGAAAAUUCAGAGAAUAUUCCUGUAGUUACAAAAUUAAAUAUUAAGCCCUUAACAAAACCUUCAGACAGCACUGAUUUAUCUGAGGGCUUAGAUGAUAAAGUUCCUGUAGUUUCAAAAUUAAAUAUAAAACCCAUAGUAAAGUCUAAGGAUAGUGAAGUAGAUUAUAGUAAAGAUGAUGUACCUAAGAUUACGAAAUUAAAUAUAAAACCCUUAAAAAAUCCUGAAACAAAUACUUCUGAAGAAAAAGACUGUGAUGAUUUAAAAGCUGAUAUAGAUGGAAAUAGUAUACCUGUUAUUACUAAACUUAAUAUUAAGCCUAUUGUUAAGCCGCUAGAUGAAGAUACUUUAAAAGAUAAUGAGAACCAGUCCUCUGAAACAGGUAAUUCGAGUGAUGAUAAUACUGACAUACCAUUUGUUACAAAAAUAAAUAUCAAACCCAUAUGUAAACCAAAUGAUACAAUGGAGUCAGGACCAAGUAUUAAGAAGGAAGAACAUAUUCCAGUUAUUACCAAAUUAAAUAUUAAGCCAUUAGUAAAACCUGAAGAAUGUACAGCUCCAAUAUCACCGAAAAAAGAGCUCUUAAAAAGCUCUGCCAUGAGUAUACCAACAAUAACAAAACUUAACAUCAAACCUGUAAUAAAGCCUGAGGAAAUAACACAACAAGAAAGUUCAGAUGAUGCUGAGGAAAUUACUACAAGAAAUCCGCCUUUAGUCAUGAAAAUUAAUAGGAAAACUGUUGAUUCCUAUGUUAAUGAUAAUCAAUACAUCAUUGAUAAAAAAUCCGAACUUGAACAUUUUAAUAACAUAAGUGUCGAAUCAAUUCCUGUUAUUUCCAAAAUUAAUAUAAAACCCAUAGUAAAACCACUUGAAGUUUCUGAGAAAAAAUGUGUAUCAGACUUAAAUUGCAAAGCAAAUUUAGCAAAAUUGAAUGAACCAGAACUAAGUGAAUCCAAAACAAGCGAAAAGAUAGAACAAGAAGCAAAGCAAAACUGUGUAUCUCAAUCAAAUAUAAAUCAAGAAAAGACGCUUGUCAGUAAAGAGAAAACAUUACAAAUUAAAGAAGUUGUAUCGGAAUCUACGAAUGCAGAACAAAUAUCAUAUGAAUCAAAAGCCACAAUGACGGAUAUAUCAUCACAAUCAUCGUUUAAACGUUCUAAAAGGCCUACAGAAAAUGAAGAAAUUAGGAAUCCGAUGUGUAAUGUUUUAAUAGCAAAUUCGCAAUUGGAUACAACUUCAAACGAAACGUCAAAAACACUAACUGAAAGACCUACAAGAAGUAAAAACGUGCCAAUGAGGCAGAAUUGUAUGUUGUUAAAGAAAUUAUUAGAAACACGGAAGGACAAAGAGGAUGAUAUAUUAAAUCAAACGAAUAUAAAUAAAUCAGUUACUUCUUCAAAAUCACCGAAAAAUUUUAAUAUUAAAAAUGAAUUACUUAAAGAAAAAAAUAAAUCGGAACAAAAACCUGAUAAAGGUGAAAGUAGUCAAACAAAUGAUAUCAGUUGUAGUAUAGGAUCGUUAAAAGUUCGCUCAAUGCAAGAGUUAUGUAAAGAAGCAAAUGAAAAUCUAACAAAACCAUUAUUAAUUAAUAUAUCUGAGAAAGUUUCACAACAUAGUUCUGAUCAAGAUUCCCCAAGAAUAAUUCUUAAAAUAAACAAGACUGAGCAGGGUGCAUCAGCUAAGAUUUUAACAGAGGAACCCAAAAAAUCUGAUGUAUCAGUUUCUACUGGAAAUACUCACGAAUUGGAGAAUGACAUUCAACAAAAGAAAAGUAUAUUAAAUAGCAGAAAAAAGCCUCAUGUAGACACUCCAAUGCCUAUGGGCAAAAGAUUAAGAAGCUCUCGAAUUUUGCAGUCUUCAGAAAAAUCUCCUUUGUUGAGGCAAAAUAUUGUUAAUAAAAGACCUUCUACUGAUUCAAGCCCUCCGAAAAUCAAGUCGGACAGUGAGCUUUCAGUGCUUGAAACUAAGAGAUUAAAACUUGGGCAACUUUUGUCUAACAAAUCUCUCACCAUUACACCAAUAGUUGCCAAAACCUCUCCCACUUCACCACCCAUAAAACCUGUGGAAAUAAAACAUGGCAUCAAACAUUCAAUAUUAAAUAAUGAAAAUUGCGCAAAAAAUGGGAGUUCCAAGCUACAUAAUAUUUUAUCUAAUCUACAGGCAAAACAGUUGCAAGUUUUACCUUUUAAUGAUCUGAAUCAUACCGAAAAUAGUCAAAGUUCAAGUCCAGACUUGAAAUCGAGUACUUCAACUGAUAGCCCUGAAAUAAUAACUGAAAGUUUAAUCAUUGAAAAGUCUACACCUGAGGUUCAAAUGAUUUUUAAUGAUAACUCUGAAUCUCGCGAUUUUGGUAUUGUAUCUGAUGAAAUGGCGCGGGAUCCUUUGCAAGUUGAUACCUUGAAACCCUCUAAUGAUUUUCUUCAAGAUGAUAUUCCUGAUAUUCCCAAAUUGGUAGACUUGACACCCCAGCCGAAAAAGCGUGGUCGUCCCCGAAAAAUCCCUGCAUCCGAAGGCGCAAAACCAGUUGUAUCGUUGCCAGUUCCGGCACUUGAGGAGCGACCGCAGCGAUCACUUCGAUUAUCAAGGGACCGUCCAGUAAUACUCGUAAAGCCGCGAGGUCGAGGUCGCGGCAGGGGUCGGCGGCUGGAGACCGAACUCAACCCAUCUCCAGCCCCCGAGUCCGUUGAAGAGAUUGCUAAUAAAAUGUUUGCCGAACAAAAACUCGAGGAAGAAAUAGACCCCACCAGUUCGCGCAUCAAAUUGCCGCGAAUGACAGAGGCGUUAGAUAAAAUGCCGUCCGUUUGUUCUACACCUUUAUCCAGUAGGAGACGAACUUCGUCUACUGAUCUGCAUAUUUUUGCGGCUCAAGAAUUGAAAGUUGUGGUAGAACAAACGCCGCUUCCCAAAAUGGAGGACCCAUUUUUAAAGUCUCCUGUAAUAGUGAGUGAAAUGAGAGGGCGUGGCAGUCGAGGUGGGAGAGGCAGUCGCGGGGGACGAGGGCGCCCCAGUCGCGGCCUACGGGGUAGAGGCCGAGGGCGUGGCGGGGGCAGGGGUGCCAUGUACAUGAAAGAGACCAUGGGUAUUUAUGGGAGAGUUUGCGGCCCAGCUACAACCACUGUGCAACUGUUUGAAGAAGAGACCUGCAUGAUGGAUGAUAAUGCUACACCAGCAAAGCCCUCACAUUUAUUGGAUGAAGAUUCUCAGAGUUCUGUCAAAAGUUCUACCAAUGAUAGUAAUAAAAUGAAAAAAUCUAAGUUUGCUGAUUUAUUUGAUAGUAAUAAAGUAUGGACGGCGGCUGAUGUCAAGGAAUACUCAUGGCCGCCACCUGAAAGAGAUGGUGGAGAGAAACAGGUUAUGAUGAUACAGGAGCAAGUGGCAAUGUUUCUGGGAGUGAAAAGCUUUAAAAGGCGAUAUCCUGAACUGAAAAGGCGAACUAUAUCAGCCGAGGAAAGAGACUUCGUGCUUAGCAAAGGACUGGUCACUGAAGCACUUUGCGACCUUGGCAUAACAGCAGUGGACGCCAGUGAAGUCUUAGACAUAAUGCUGUCAGACUACCCGCAUAAAUACGAAGAGUACAGAAGUCAUCAACGGCAGAAGCAACUUACUGAACCCGAAGUGGUGGUUGAGGAAGUUAAACCUGGCGUUAAGACAGAAACGGUGGAUUUGAAAGAGCAAAAGCUUGAACAAAAACCUGAACUGCCGAAGAUUGACCCUGAAAAACUUAGACAAGAGAUGGCGGCCGCGGCAAUCGCGUCGGCCAGCGAUUGGAACGCGCGCCUGAACGCUUCGCGGCGGCCUGCGUGCGCCGACCUGCAGUCGCUGACCGUGCAACGCCGCCGGCCGCCGCCGGCCGCGCCGCCACAGGUGCGCGUGCAGCCGCCGGCCGGCUUCUACCCGCACGCGCUGCUACCCGGCCAGUACCAGCACUGCUACCGGCUCUACACGCCCGAGGAACUGCGGUACUUCCCCCUGAACACAGCGCUAGCUGCACCCCCCGCGCCGCCUUCUCCCGCGGAGUACAGUUCGGAGUCAGAGCAAGAGUGGGGCUCGCGAUUCUCCUCCACUGACGACUCCGACACUGAGACCCAUAGGAAUGCUAAACGGAAAAAGAUAACAAAAACGAAGCGCAGCAGUCACACUGAAGCGUCAAACUCUGCAAUCAGCCUCAAGGAAGAGGAGGUGGUGGACACUUGCCGCGUGUGCAAGCUUCGGCUGGAGGCCAACCGCAAGUACACGCACGAGCGCUUCCUCGUCUGCGCCAACUGCAACGCCAAGCUGCACCCGUCAUGCGUAGAACUAGGUCCGGAUACGAUCCGGAAGUGCCGGGAGUACGCGUGGCAGUGUGCAGAGUGUAAGACGUGCUGCGGUUGUUCCCUGCCUGCCGAUGCGGAGAAGAUGUUGUUCUGCGACCUGUGCGAUCGCGGCUUCCAUAUCUAUUGUGUGGGGCUGCAAUCCGUGCCUAAUGGGCGGUGGCACUGUGUUGAAUGUGCAAUCUGUAAAUCGUGCGGUGCGCGGGAGCCGAGCGGGGCGGGCGGCAGUGUAGCAGGUCCCUCCGGUACUCCGGGGGUAGCCGGCACGUCGGGGGGUGCUGGAACUCCGGGAGUUAUCUCUACCCCGGGGGGUGCUGGUACCCCGGGCGGUAUGGGCAGUGUGAGCACGGACGGCGCAGAGUGGCAUCACCAGACUCGGCGCGGUCCGGGCGGGCACAAGGUCUACUCGCACUCGCUUUGCACGCCGUGCGCAAGGGCGUAUCGCAUCGGUCGCUACUGCCCGCUGUGUGACCGCUCCUUCAUCGGGCCCAAGGGGACCAUGCAGCUCGUCAUUUGUAAGCUCUGCGAUAGGCAACUGCAUCAAGAGUGCGUUAAGGCGACGGUGUCGAGCCUCAACGUGCUGGACUACACGUGCGGCGAGUGCCGGCGCGGCGGCAUCACGUCGCGCGCCGCCGCCGUACGCCUCGCGCCGCGCACCAUCGCCACGCUGUUCAUGGCAAAGCGCCGCUUCAACAAGUACGCGCAUCGCCAGUACCUGCAGAGCCGCCAGCAGGAGCGCGCCGCGCUCUCCGCAGAGACGAGCCGCCACGACGAGUCCGACUCCGAGCUCGCCGACGCCGACGACGCCAGCGAUCCCCUCGACGUCGGCGACCCCUAAACACGCCCGCCCACCCCCGCGCAUACUUAUCGGUGUAUAGAUUUCGAACUGCUGUGUAAUAUAUCUAGCUGUUAUUAGUUCAUAAUGUAUAACUCUUAUUCGCUUCGGUAAUACGGUCGUGAGGUAUAAACUGUUGCAUAAAUCUGAUUAAUAUAACGAUUAACUAGUAGGCUAUGUAUAGGUAAGCUGUCGGAUAGUGAGGAGAUAGAUGUUCGGUUGUGUUGUCGCAGCCGCACGGCGGCCGUGCGACGCGACCGUCGGCGCCGGCCGCGAUCGACGCGUCUCUUCUGGACCCUCGAGGGCGUUUCGUUUCGCAUAUUAUAAUUUAACGUCAUGAAGUGGUUAGAUAGCUGUAGUGAGCGGUUCACUAACGACAAACUGUACAGUAAUUUAAUACUAACUUCACUAUAUGGGUAGCUGGGCAAUCAUACUAUUUUUAAUAUUAAUUUUUUUUAAAGUUAGCGAGACAAAUCAUGUAUGCAUCCCCGUGUUAUUUAUAUCGAAAGGAGUAGAGGGUACGAGAGAUCGAGUAGUGUUGUGUUGUUUUCUGUGAUGAACGUUGAUUUCAUCGAAGCUGACAUUGUGUUUAUACGUGGUUCAUAUGGAAGAAAGUGUUUUAACUAGAAUGUUUUCUCUGCGAAUAAUUUCCCAAAACUUAAAAAUAAACUGUAUAUUAUAUAAAUCUGCCUUUUAAUGCAUUUGCAAUGCAAAAUCUUCGUACGAAAUGAGAUGCUCGAUUGGACAGACAUUUCUGAAAUGAUUUAUUUGAAAAGAAGACAGUGCGCAUUUUCUUUUUGAAUUUAGGUUAAUUUUAGAGUAUUGUUAAUUUUGCUUCAUAAGGUAUUUAUUUUAGUUAUACUUUUAUAUGGAUACAACUGUAUACAACUUAUACGCGUUAUUCACAUAAUUAUGUAUUACUCUAUAUUAUAUUCUAGAAGAUGCGAAAGUAUAAAUUAAAAAUAUUUCAGUUGAUUGACUGUGAUGACCGAUAUGUAUUUACGGAUGAAUAAAUUGACAUUAAAAAGAAUUUAUCCAAACCCCAAAAAUAAAUAUCGAUUAAUUUACUUUUUAAAGCUAUGUUAAUAGAUUGUUAGGUUUUUUUUAGUUUAAUUGAACGAGUGAAAUCCAGCAGCUCUCCUUCCGACUCAUGAUUUAUAUUAUUUUAACUCAUUCAAGACAAAAUGCUAGAUCUUGACGUGCUAUUUCUUAAGUAUAUUGUGACUUAAAGCUACCCUGACGUAUUGACAGAAGACACGUGAAUUAUUGUGCGUCGAGUACGUUACGAUUCUCACGUUAUAGUGGAGUGAUGAAAGUUCUUUUUUACUCUUUCAUAAUGAAUUUUGUUAAAAGUUUUUUUGGUGGUAUUGCCAACUAGAUCUAGCAUUAUGUCUUAGUUUCAAAGUACAAAACAUAGGCUACCUUUGUCUGCUAAUUUAUUUACAAUCGCCCCGGAAAUUGUAUAAGCCCAAUGAAUGUUUAUAAUCAGAAUAAAUUAUAUAUCGAAGAGUAUAUUAUUUAGUUUUCAUUAUAUAGAUUGAUUGUUUAUUCUAUCAAGGAUGAUAUAGUAUUACUUAAAUAGAUGAUUUUAAACGCUUCGAUUUCUCGGGCGAUGCUCAAAAUCUAUCGAUAAUUCUUAUUUUUCCAUUUUUAUUUAGUAUUCAAUGAAACAGUGCAAUGAGUGCGCCAGGUUUGAUGAUGAUGAAUCGUUGCGCCAUUUGGUGAACUAAGUGACGUAAAUAAUCUUUUGAAAAUUCUUCUGUCUACAUACCACUGAAUUUUUGCGAGAGUUUCAGAUUUUGAUAUUCAUGAAUUAAAGUUAAAUUACAACUACAAGUACGGUUUUGGGUCACAAACUACGGUUUCAGCAAGCUGAUUCUACUGAGAAUAAUCUGGCAAGAAACUCGUAUGAGUUAAAACUAAAAUAAUUAUUUAUAAUAUAAAUAUAAAUUCAUAUGAGUAAACUAACUAAAAUGAACGCUUUUAUUUCUUCCAAUUAAAAAUGUAACAAUUCAUUUAGGUUGUCAAAAAAUGUUUUUUUCUUCCUUGUAUUAAAUUUGCACUAAUAUUAUUAUAUGUACUAUUAAAAUAAACCCUAAGGGCGUAGAGAUAUUAUUAGACAUUAUUUCUACUCCGAUUCGUUUCAUUGUAGAUAAAUCAUAGUAACGAAAUCAGAAUUGUUGUACCCCACGAUUAAACUAACGUUAAGUUAAAUUAAGCUACUUGUUUCACUCCACAUUUUUGCCUCCAUAUAAUGUAAUUUCUUUAAAAUCAGUAGACAUUAUUAUACAUUUUUUUUUGUUUUUAAAACGGCGAGAUCCAUUUGUUUCCUGGACUAAAAAGUAUGAAUGUGAAAAUAAUGAAUUUAUAAAUUUGAAAGGCGAUAUUUGAAAUGCAUUCUAAAGAUUCCCCUGUGCUUUUCCGGUCAAAAAGUAGCUUAUGUUCAUCUCAAAGAUGCAAUCAAUAUAUUUGCCGAAUAUCAUCAUAAUUACCAAUUCAGUAUUUGGAGCCGAACAUAAGGUAACAAAUAAACCAAUAGACACUUGUACUUAUAAUAUAAGUUAAGGUAUGACUUAAUAGUCGUGUACGGAGUUCAGGCCCCCAAGUCUGCUAGUACAAUUCUUUCUCAGUAGUCGUAUGACAAAAAGUAUUAGUAGUUUAUUCUCCGCUCGAUUACCGUUGUUUUGAUGAAUUAUUAAGGAAAAAGCACGCGAAUCGUUUUGCAAACCAACUUAUUUUACUAUUGGUUGUACAUAAUAUUUUAAUAAUAUAUAACAAACGUUUUUUCAUUACUGCUACGAUGUCAUUCGUCGACCACUCAUAAAUAAAUGCAAUAGCAGACUUCGAUAUUAAUGUCUAAAGUAUAGUAUUAACUGUCAAAAGUUAUACGAUGGGUCAUGAUGUUUGAUGUGAACUCAAAACUAAGAUCUUAGAAUGGAUAAAGCUAAAAUUCUCGCAGGUUUAGAUAGGUCCUCCUUUCUUUUUAAAAUUUAAAAUAUUAGGUGCUUUCCAUUUAAUUUCCAUGGCAUCGCCUCCCAAAAGUAAGUCCUACGCCCUUCAUGAGACCUUAUUUUAUUGAAAUUUAAUAAUGUUCUGGAGUUAUGGUUCCUCAUAAAACUUAUCUCGGCAAAUCGACCCAAAUUUGAUCAUCAAAGAAGUCAUUGAUUUUAAAUGCAGGUAUGUCACAAUAUUUAGACAUUUCGAUAUUUAUAUUUCUUUUAGACAGAUGGAUUAUUAAAUGAAUAUUGCAGUAAAUUAAGUACUAUCCCCUCAUUCAAACUUUGUAAGGAUAAUAGUACUUUAAUAUGUACAGAUAGAUACUUGAUUGAAUAUUUUAUUUUUAUCGCCAUAAGGCUACCGGCUUGCAUUGUUUCAGGUGUAUGCGUCUUCUGUACUUACGGCCCCAACUGCGCGCUAUCGCCUUUUAACCACUGCUGAGUGCAAUUGUCCCAAUAUGUUGUGUAUUAUAUAUAUCGUGUAUUAGCGGUAUAAUCAGUAACUUCAACUAAUACUGAUUAAGUGUAAUGUAUCGAAGUUUAGUUUAUAAUUAUGCUUUCUUUAUAAUUAAUCAUAAUUUACUUAGUGACAAUUUUUAAGAUAUGUCAGCAGAUAAUUUCAUCAAAUCAUGUAACUUUUUUAUGAUAUUAUACACAACUGGUAUCGGUGUGUUUUACACACCCUAAAUUCGCAUUGCUUUACUGACACAGGUGAAUAAGACUUACUUGUAAGUUAAAUAAUUAUAACUUUUAUGUCUACUUAAUGCAAGUGUAAACGUUCUAGAAAUCUCGCACUGUUCGGUCAAUUUUGUAAAAAAAUAAAGUAAAUUUAAUUUGA